AUGAACAAGAAUAUUUCCCAUAAUUUUAUAUUGAUACUUAUAGUAAUAAAAUAUGUUGAAUCGGCAGAUAAUAAUCCUAAUCAACCAGCUCCUGAGGAUGAAGAAGAAGACAACUUUGAAGUUUUAGAUCUAUCGGAAACUGGACAACAAACUAAUCCUACUGAAAAUCCUGAACAUCCAGCACCUUAUCAACAAAUAUCAGAAUUAUUAUAUUUACAGACUGAAUCACAAUUAGAACAACAAUCUCAACCCCAACCCCAACAUUAUGGAACUUAUCAACCAUACCAAGCUCAGACUCAAACUCAACAACAACAAACUGAUACAUAUUGGUACUAUGAACCUCCACAAAUUCAAACAAUAACUCAGCAGCAACUAGAACAACUCCAUCAAGAACCUCAAUAUCACUAUUAUGUGCCCGAAUAUACAGAUCCUUAUGGAUCUCAACAACAAUCAACUCAGUCUCAACCCAGUCAAUUACUAACACAACCAACUCAAGAACAAUCUAUACAUUAUGUACCAACACUUGUAAGUCAAGCUCAACAACCAACUGGAAAACCGCCUGUAAUAUACAUGGUUCUAUCUAAAGUACAACUACAACUGCCAACAUAUUAUUCACCAGCGACUAUAAUUCAAACACAACAGACAGCCGAACAAUUAGAACCUGAAGUUAUAGAAGUGCAAUCGAUUGAAGAAUCUUUUGAAGAAAAACUCGUUACACAAGAGAUGGAUCGUCUGUUAGAUAAAUUAAAAGAAAAGGUAGGACAAACAGAUAAAACACAACCAGGAAAAAGAAAAAGAACUCGAACUACAAGUGGAAAUCAAGGAGAAGAUGAUGAUGGACAAGAACCUGUUAAACGAAAAGAUCCCAAACCACAAAGAAAAAUUAAAAAACUCAAAUUUUAUAAGAAGGAUUGUGAGGGAAAUCUGGUAGAAAUGACUGGUCGAGACUAUGGUGUUAUAUUUAGUAAUUCAAAUAAAGCAAAAUAUAUAUUUAAUGCAUGUCUUGAGCAAAUAGAACGUGGCAAUGAGAUUAUUUAUGUCCAUUCACAAAGAGUUCCCUAUUGUUCAUUAUUAAGAUACAGUAAACCAAAUGAUAUUAUUGUCAUGACCAACAGUGAUGGAUUUACGUUAGUUAAGAAAAGUAAAGGGAUAUGGACAAGAACUGAUCAUGUUAUCCCAGAUUAUGUCAAAUUCUACACACGGGAUCUUGGAGGCAAUUAUGUUUUAAUAACCAGUGAUCAAUAUAAUAUUGAUUUUACAUCAGAUCGAUCCUUUAGAUACGAAUUUUUUCCGGGCGUUAAAUGUCAUAAAAUUGUAGUUACUGGUAUGAUUGCAUGGAAAAAAACUGAUAAUGAUGCAGAUUAUCCUUUAGCGAUUUAUGUUACAUCAGCAUUGGAUGUUAUAGUUAACUUUGAGGGAUAUAGUAAAAUGUAUAGAAAAAGGCUUAAAAGAUAUAACUUGGUACUUAAUAAACCUAGCAUCGGAAAGCGUAAAUAUACCUAAAUUAUUUUUGACAUAUACAAUAUGUUAUUGUAUAAAGUAUUUUUA